UGCCAACCGGAAGUCACAUGACGUACUCUCAGCUAGCUUGACGCUGCUAACGGAAAGUUCCUCCUCCCGGUGAAGAAACGGGGUUGAAACGUAUUUUUCUGUCAGUUUAUGUUCUUGAACUGCCGCUGUCGAAACUCAAAGGGACCCGGCAUGUCUCCGGAUUUCUGUGCUGUGUUAUCUCUGAAGAAGCGGAGCUCGCAUGAAAACACAGACUAAAACGUCAACAGUAGUUUAAUUUAGCUUAGCUAGUCUUUAAUAGUAUUUUUCCCCUCCCUGUGUUUUAUGCGAGUGAAGAUACUAAAACAAUGGCUUUCUUCGUGAAAAAGAAGAAAUUCAAGUUUCAGACCCAUCUGACGCUGGAGGAGCUGACCGCUGUGCCUUUUGUCAACGGAGUUUUGUUCUGCAAGCUGCGGCUGCUGGAUGGAGAUUUUGUCGCUACUUCUUCCAGAGAGGAGGUUCAAGAGAACUGUGUUCGCUGGAGGAAGAGGUUUACCUUUGUGUCUAAAAUGAGCGCCAACCCCCACACCGGAGUCCUGGAUCCUUCUGUCUGCAGGGUGUCAGUCAGGAAGGAACUCAAAGGAGGAAAAGCAUAUACGAAGCUGGGCUUCACAGACCUCAACAUGGCGGAGUUUGCGGGUUCUGGCUCCACUGUGCGCUGUUGUCUGCUGGAGGGAUACGACACCAAGAACACACGGCAGGACAACUCCAUACUGAAGGUGAUCAUCGGAAUGACCCUCCUGUCUGGAGAUCCGUGUUUUAAAACGCCUCCCGGCACAGCAAAGUCCAUCUCCAUCUCAGGACGAGAACACACCCUGCAGCUGGACUGUAAGGGGGAGGGAACAGCCGAGCCCGGGCCGGCUGGAGGGGUUUCUCUGGGCCGAGCCGCCAAGCCUCGACCCUCCAUCAUCAGCUCAGGUCUACUUGAAGAAUCAGAAGCGAACCAGUGCGGCCAUGCAGAAGUCUUCCAGUCUGGUCACUCUCGUAACUCCAGCUACGCCAGCCAGCACAGCAAAAUCUCAGGCUACAGCACUGAGCACUCCUGCUCCUCUAGCCUGUCAGACCUCACGCAUCGCAGGAACACCUCGACAGGAAGCAGCGCCUCUGGGGGCUUGGGCUUCACUGCUGACACACCUACAGAGGGUGACAAGGACGCCGGACGUCCAGAAAGACCCCCUCGACCCCCGCGCCCUGUCUUACCCUCUAACAGGCCCCCCAGGAGGAAGCAGGACUCAGUGGAGAGUCAACCCUCUUGGGUGAACGACACUCGCAUGGAUGCUGACGACAUCGUGGAGAAAAUUGUCCAAAGCCAAAACUUUGCAGAUAUCAACAACACUGAAGACAGCAACCUGCGUCUGUUCGUCAGCAGAGAUGGAACCACUGCACUCAGCGGCAUCAGGCUUGGAAACAGGGUGUCUGCAGGCGGGUACGAGCCUGUGGUGAUAGAGAGCCAUUAAACCGAGACCAGCAGAAGAGGCGGCAUGUUGACCUGUGGAUCGUCUCGUCUUCUGUCUCGCUGGUUUUCCUGGAGCUUCAGCCGGUCUGAUGCUGUGAGGGGAAAACCUCGGCAGUUUGCACUUUAUGUGAAGUUUGUGGCAGUCUGUUUGUCUGCACCUCCGUUCAGCUGUUUUUUUGUGAUGUUGAGGGCGACUCAGAGUGAAAGCACCAAUGCACAAAACGUUUCCCUGAGACUGCCUUGUGGUGUGUUUACCUGCUUCUGUGUUGCAGUAACAACAUUUUGGAUGUGGAUUUAGAUUUAAAGAAGUCCAGAGAUUUCUGGAGAUCACACUUUAAUUUGCCCUGUUAAAUGAUAACGAUACAGACACCAAGUCUUCCAUGUGUCCCCAGUUUAUUGUUAUAACUGAUGCUCUUUGCUAACUGUACUGGUAGACUAGCAUUAUCCAAAGUAAGAGGAAGGAAACAUAGCGUUUAAAAUUACUCAAGUUCUCAUUCUCGUAUGUCUAAGAUAAAGCUAAUGGGCUGCUGACACUUGACACUUUCUGCGUCCCAAUUCCAUGCUGAAUACUAUCUUUCUUUCUAUAUCUGCUUUACCUUUCAAAGCAAAUUGAACAUAAACAUGUACAGUAACUUGCACAGAGAACAUUUCGUGUGUGAGUAUAUAAAAAGCCAGUUACAGACUGGGAGAAAUCCCCAACUGCUAUUAUUUCUGUGUCGGUGACAGGAAGUUACUGAGGCUCAGCUGCACUGCAGGCUGGACCGAAGUUACUUCAUGAUGUGCUGGGGAUGUUUGGAUGAUAAUGGUUUUCAUGUUUAUGUUCUCUUCUGGUAGCAAACCGGCCAAUUUAUUAGAAAUUAAAAGUCAAAACAUUUUACCUACAACUCCUGAAGUAUGAUGUGUGUUCAUCUGUACCAACAAUCCUUUUGUUGUGUACUUGAGUAAUUUUUCUAUAAGCUGACAGGUUAUAGUAGCUUUAAUUUGGCCACCAGUUGUGCAGCAACAGAUAUUUACAGCUGUUUCACUGUGGAUUCAGUAGAUUAUUUUUUUUUAACACAUCUGUAACAUGUUUUUUUUUCCUUCUUCACCACAUUUGUGUUGCUGCAAACUGUCUGAAAUGGUAAGCAAGAAUCCUACUGGUUAAGUUGCAUAAAGAUAAAUGUGGAGUUUGUAAUGUUGAACAGAGUUUCAUUCUAAUUUUGAUUUAGCAGGGGGAAAGUUUCAUCAUCAAAACAGGAUAAAAUAACUUUCUGUGCAGUUUACAUAUGCAUUGCAUGAUGCUAAAUUUGAAGUGUAUUAACUUCCACUGACAGGCAACACAUCCAGCACUGAAUGUGAUCAAGUUUAGAAAACCACUGAGCAGCCGUGAAGAUGCAGAAACUCUGAAUCGCUUUAGUUUUUUUCUGUUUGAAGUUGUUGUUCCCUGUUGAUCGGGGAAACACAGUAGAACCACUUUGUGCCUGUAAAGUUUCUCUUGAAUGACCCUAAAGCACCAAGAAAACUGUGAUAACAGGGUGCUCAUGAUGGUGAGGAGAGAAAUAAUAUAAUAUUGUUUCCUGUUUUUGUUUCUUUAUUCUGUUUUCCGUUUGUGUCAGUCAUGUUGUAACGUGCAGGUGUAGCCAUUUUGGAAAUCCCACUGUAUACUCACUGCAUGUACACUACCGCUGCACUGUUGCUCCAUCUCCAUGAAGGAUUCAUUGUAUACAUUUUAGUUCUCCUCUCUCCUCAGCCAUCAGAAGUUAAAACAAAAUGUGAGGUCAGCUGAGAAACACUAGUUCUGUGGUACAAACUGUUCUGGUUUUACUUUGUCCAAUUGAACAAAGCGUAAACUCCAUGAAGAGGGAUUUCUGCAGCGGCUAGGACUGUAAAAGUCUUUGUUGCCCCCUGGUGGAGCAACGGCCUGCUGUCAGGUUUUUGCAUGAGUCCGUGCCCUUUUGGUGUUUACAAGGAUGUUUACCUCGAGUUUGUUUACAGCUGUCAGAAAAAAGGACCAGUUUCUGUAGCUCUGACAAACACAGAAGGGGAACUGUAAUGUUGGCAACCAGCUGGCUGGUUGAUGCUUUUGUUUUUUGUUAGUUUUAGAAGCAUGUUUUCUGUUUUGGAGUUUUAACUCUGCAAACAAGAAGACGGAACAAGAAGGACUUUUAUCUUGUACAGAGUCUUAAAAUCUUAUUUUUCUGUUUGUAAAAAAGGUGAAAAAAGCUGUCAGUCUCAGAAAUAAUGCUGAUAGUUUUAAUUUCACAAGUUAAGAUUGUCCAGGAAGAAUUGAGUCUAGGCCUGCAACUACUGAUCAUUUUCCUCAUCGAUUUAAUCUGGUGAUAAUUUGUUUGAUUUGUUUUAAUCGUUUAGACUAUAAAAUAUCAGAAAUCCAGGGUGACAUCUUCAAAUUGCUUGUUUUGUCCGACCAACAGCCCAAAACCGAAAUAUAUUAAAUAUAUGAAAUCAGAUCAAACACAUAAAAGCAGCAAAUCCUCACACUUGACUAUGUGGAACCAGCAAAUGACAUGAUAAAUGUGACAAAUAACUGAGUAAUCAGUUAUGAAAAUAAUUGGCGAUUAAUUUUCUGUUGAGCAAGUAAUCUGUAUCAGCCCAAGUUUAACUGCAGAAACAAAUAAAAUAAUCCCUUUGGCAGAAUAUUUUCUCUCAUUUACAGUAAAAAUCUGCUUUUAAGACUCUGUUCUUUAUCAGUAAACUUAUUUGUAUGGACGUUAUUUUUCCAUUGAAGCUGAAGUUUUUCCUGCUUGUCGUUUCACAUCUUCAUCACACUACGCAGCUCAUUAUAUAAGUUGUCUUCACACUACCCUGUUUGUAUUUUGCAGCUGUAUGUUUAUUAAUCACAUGGUUACUUCUUCUCACAUUUGGGGAUGAACCACUGAUCGUAUAGUCUGAAUUUGGGUUUACAUCACCACAGCCUUUAGUAUUUUAAAGCAUUUAUUUAUAUAUUUUGUUCCUUAUUCUUUUUUUUUUUGUCUGGAGGUUUGUUAUAAGCUAUGCACACAACUCCCCUCCCUGAGCUUUUUUUCUAUUAGUAAGUCUAACAAAUUAUUCUAUUUUAACAAAACUAGUAUAACCUAAAUUUAUAGAGAAUCAAGUUGGAACUGUUCUUCCAAUCACCACGUAGUUGCUACGUUUUUUUUUUGUGUGUUUUUUUUGUGGUAUUUCUGCAGAAAUGACAAUAAAAAGCUAAUCUGA